AUGGCCACCGACUUUAGUUGUAUUCACGGACCAGGCGAACUCAACAACUUCUCGCUCGCCUCCCUUCUCGAGGCUGAGACGUUGUCUAAGGAUGAGCCGACUAUCCAUCCGGCUCCCGCAUUGGACAACUUAGGUCGCCCGGCCUCCCCUUCUCGCAUCCCUGCCUCCAAGAAGUGUAAGGGUGUCGAUCGUCCAGUGCCACCUCCUCCUCAGAAGAAGAACAAGGUCGCCUACUCCCACCCUGGUCUGCCUCUGCUGAUCAAUCGCACUACCAAACCCAAGCCCUGUCCGACGACGUGGGCAGGGAUUGCUCGACAGGCCGCUCUGAUGCCUCCCCUGCCUCCUGGCUUGGGACCGCAAUGUUGCGGGCCUUCUCCCCCACCCUCAUUCUCGACAGGGCCGAUGAAGACCUCUCCUCAUUGGUCUGUCCCCUCUUUCACUUCCGAGGGCCCCACCCAGAAGCAGGUUCUCGUGUCGUUCGGGGGUACCCCUCCUGACCUCACGAAAAUUUUCACCAAGUCGGCUGUGCGCGCGGCCUCCAGGUACCUCAGGGAUCAGCCAUCUGCCAGUAGGCAGCCAGGCUAUUUUCUAUGUGCUGCUGGGUUUGCCGGGGCUCGGGUGUCUGCCGAGGCUGUGGGGACAGUAAACAAUGACCAAAUAAUGCUCGGGAACAUUGAAUAG